AUGGGUGGUUCGCCAUCUCUUCCACAGGCAUAUAACAGUCAACAAAAAGUUGCUUUUGAAGAAGAAAAACCUCUUCCUGCAAUAAUGGAUAGAACAUCACUAACAAACACUUAUUGGUUUUCAGCAUCGAUAAUUCUCGGUGCAUUAGUGGCUGGAAUUAUAUUAGGUCCUAUAGUUGUCUUGUAUACCAAACAAAAUGGUCAGUAUUUUCAUGCCAUAUUUUGA